AUGGGUCUAGAGCUGCAAGACGAGGCGUUCGGUUUUGGAGAUUUCUUCAAUGAACCUGAGGGGUUUUUCCCCCCUCCAAAGCCCCCGACCUUCUCCGAACAUCGCAUGCUUUCCGGUGAUACCCUGAGUAUUCGACUUGUUGGAAGCCAUCCGUUAUAUGGGUAUCUUCUCUGGAAUGCAGCAAGAACGAUAUCUGACUUUUUAGAAGAAAACGCCUCGGAAUGGGUUGAAGGUAAAGACGUUCUCGAGCUGGGGGCAGGUGCCGGUCUACCAAGCAUUAUCUGUGCUAUUAUGGGGGCUAAAACAGUUGUCGUAACUGAUUAUCCCGAUCACGAUCUUAUCGACAACAUGCGAAUAAACGCGUCAGUCUGCGAGAAGUUUAUCAAGAAACAACCAUCACCUCUUUAUGUUGACGGAUACAAGUGGGGUGACCCUACCGGCUGCAUAUGCAGGUACCUGGAGUCUCCCUCAGGGGGUUUUGAUGUUUUAAUUCUCGCGGACGUCAUAUACAAUCAUCCACAGCACCACAGCUUGAUUGACAGUGUAAAAAUGACUUUGAAGCGGUCGAAGACAUCGGUAGCCUUCGUCGUUUUUACCCCAUAUCAGCCUUGGCUACUGGAAAAGAUAACGGCCUUUUUCCCUAAAGCCGAACAGAGCGGCUUUACGGUGAAGAAAAUAUUCCAAAAAGUUAUGGAUAAAUUAUUAUUUGAGAAUGACCCAGGGGUAUAA